AUUUCUCCACUGCUCUCUCUCACCUAUACCUAUUGUUGGCUGUUUCUGUUCCCCCCACCACCUUCAAUCUCAUCUUCCUUCUUAAUAAAUACAUGGGUUCCUUUUGUUUUCUUAUAUACUCACUCUGACACACAAAAAGUUUCCAUUUUUCUAACAUGGCUCUUUCAUAUUUUCUGUGAUGUGAUGUGAUGUGUCACUACUAUUGAUAUUUUUGUUCAAAAAUCUGUCUAAGUUAGUUUUUUUUUUUUUUUUUUUUGUGUUGAGGGUUGAUUUUUGUUGUUGGAGAUGUUGGGUUCAGGGACAAAUUUGGUGACAACUGUUAUUGGAUUUGGCAUGAGUGCCACUUUCAUUGUAUUUGUCUGUACAAGAAUAAUUUGUGGAAGGCUUAGAGGUGGUGUUGAAUCUAGGAUGAUGUAUGAGAUUGAAUCAAGAUAUGAUAUAGAACAGCCAGAACACCAUGGUAAUGACCCUGGCACUGAACCAGUUUUGAUUGAAGCAAUCCCUACUUUAAAGUUCAAUCAAGAGGCUUUCAGUGCCAUUGAAGAUACACAGUGUGUAAUAUGUUUGGCAGAUUACAAAGAAAGAGAAAUAUUGCGCAUCAUGCCCAAAUGCGGGCACACUUUUCAUCUUUCUUGCAUUGAUAUAUGGCUGAGAAAACAAUCUACCUGUCCAGUGUGUCGUCUACCAUUGAAAAACUCGUCCGAAACAAAACACGUGAGACCUGUGACAUUCACCAUGAGCCAACCUCUUGACGAGUCGCAUGCAUCCGAAAGGAACACAGAUAUUGAGAGGCAUGGUGAAACUAAUGCUGCUAACUCAAUACAACCAACUUCUGGAGAAUCCGAAGCAAGGCAAUGAUCUAAGAUAGCUAAAGGGAUUGUUCUGCUCUCAAAAAGAUACUAGUGAUAAUUUUCUGGUUCUAUAGAAAAAUGCUUUUAAUUAGAUUGGAUUCAAAUUCUUUGUCUUUUUAUGGCUUUCAUAUUCACUUUGUGAUGUAAAAUAGGUCAUACCAACAGUGGUUUUCUGCAGCUGAGAUGUACAUAAUAUCUUUCCUUCUGUAGCAUAUGCAGGCCUAGGUUUUGAUGGAAUUUAUUUUACACCACUUUUGAAGUUCUUUUGAUUA